AUUUAUGAAUGAGAGAACAAUAUACAUUAAGGAGGACAACAAGGAAACUGCAAAGGAUAUAUAUAUUUUUUGUAAAGAGAGUUCAGCUCAUAACUUCUAUAAUGUCAAGAUCGAGAAAAGAACACGAACUUCAGUUCAACAAACUAGUUGAUAGGUUUGCUCUUGAGCUGUUGGAGAAUGAAAAGGAAAGGCUGGUGCAUGCUUAUGAGCUCCCUCCUCAUUACUACAACUUGUCAACUAUUCAAGUGAUGGUGGCCUUAAAAAUGACAGGGGUUUUCAAUGUUGCCAAUCCAGAAGGGCUGCUUGAUAUAGCAGAGUUCCUUGAAAGGAGUGACCUCAUAAAUGACUUUACACCUAAGAUUGAAGAAUGCAAAAAAGCAAAGCCACGAAAAUCGUCUGUGAUGCUUCCACUGAAAGAGCUUUAUGAAAGUGUGGACUUGGCUCCAACACUUGACAUUGCUGUAAAGCAGAUUGAGUUAGGCCAAGCAAGCUCAGAGCAACUCCAGAAGAUUUGUCUUCAUCGUAAGCCACACAUGAAGAAACAAAUAUCAGAGCAUUUUGAAACCAUCUUUGGAAACCUAAAAGGAGCUGUGGCUUCUUUGCAUGAAAUGAAAAAAGAUCUAAUAAUGCCAAAUCUUCCUAUGCAACCUGUGGAAGAAUCUAUACCUCAUCCCAUUCUAGUGUCCCAGGAUAGUGAUACAGUAAUACCACAGCAAGAACAAGAGGCAAUCUAUGAGAAUGUUGGACGACAAUUGCAGCAGACACCAAGGAAAUCUUCAGGACCCCCACAACAAAUGGAGAGGUCAGGGACUUUUGGACAUCAUCCACAAGUCUUACAAUCAAAUUCUCCAACUCCAAGAGUUAGAACACCUCAAGGAGAAAGAAGAGAUGCAACUGUGAAGCCUCCUCCUCCAAUGACACCAGCUAAACCACCAAAACCAACCAGCAAUCAAGUAAAGCUUCAUUCCAGUGAUGAUAUUAGCAGUGGCAACAAGUCACCAAAAGUACCUUUGCUGCCACCAGCUAGAGUAUUGAAUCUAAAGUCAAAGGAGAACAGUCCAGUAACAGGAGCAAAGCCUUCUCCUCCUCCUCCUACAAGACCAAAACCAGUUAGGACACAUCAGGGGAAGAAAGAAGAGAAUACUGAAGAUCAUUAUGCUAUCCCUGUAGUCUCUAGCUAUCGUACCAGUGCUUCUUUUUCUGAUAGUGGUUAUAGGGGAGAUUGGCCUGAGCCUGAAACCAAACAGAAGUCAGAGUAUCAGUCACUAGUUUCUGUGCAAGAGGAAGAAGAGGGCAUUUACUCUAUACCCCAUAAUUUAUAGUAGUUUAGUUUGUUGCUGUGUUUGUUUUGUGUUGUGAACACUUUAUAGUCAGUUUGAGUGGGCGGCUCAAGCCACCUGUAUACCUGUA